AUGAAGCUACAAGCCGCUCUUAUCCAAGUGUUGCAGAACGUUGCCACUUUUUCUCUCCUUGCAACUGCCACACCGGUCAACCACAUCGAGCCUCCAUGUGACAGUCCCGCCUGGACUGUUGGUCAGUCUGUGCAGACUACCAGCGGCCUUGUUGUGGGCCACGCUGCGGCAAACGUCUCCGAGGUAUCCGAGUAUGUUGGAAUUCCAUACGCCGUCCCUCCACUUGGACGCCUUCGUUUCCAACCUCCAGUUCCUUAUACUGAUAACGGUACCAUAAACGCAACCGAAUUCGGUCCGACAUGUAUCCAACCACCAUCAGCACCCCCAAGUAACAACACCAGCAGCGCACCACCCCAGAACCUUGGUAUUCCGCCUACUUCCGCUGCAGCCUUGGCAAGUGAAAUAUACCCGUCCAGUGAGGAUUGUUUGACCUUGAACGUCUGGACCAAGCCGCAGAUUGGAGAGGCGAAGAAAGCCGUGCUUGUCUGGGUCUAUGGAGGAGGUUAUGUAUCAGGCAGCUCUAGACAGGCGACAUACCGUGGGCAAUUCAUUGCUGACGAAAGUGAUGUUGUCGUUGUCUCGAUGAACUACCGUGUUAACACUUUCGGGUUCCCUGGUAACCCAGCCACCCCAGCCAAUAUUGGUCUCCGUGACAUUCGAAUGUCCUUGGAAUGGGUUCGUGACAAUAUUGAGCAAUUUGGUGGUGACCCGGAUCGAAUUUCUAUAUUUGGACAGUCUGCCGGCGCUGGUAUGGUGGACUUCUACUCGUUCGCUUAUGCCGAUGACCCAAUUGCUUCCGGUUUCAUUGAGAUGAGCGCAACUAUUUACGGUUUCCCAGCCCUUACUGCAGAGGAGACUCACAGCCGCUGGUUCCACGUCACUGACUUGGUUGGCUGCGGAAACGCCACUUCUGACCCAGUUGCUGUCAGCGACUGCAUGGUGAACAAAACUGUCGACGAAAUACUGGCUGGUUACGACCCUGCCAAUGUUCCAUUCAACCCUUCUCCAUAUGGGCCAGUCAUUGACAAUGAAUUGGUCUUCUCGAGCUACCUCAACCGCACUGCCGCCAAGGGUGGCUACUUGAUCGGUAACACCCACAACGAGGCAGGUAUCUUCAGACUCGGACAAACGCAUAACCAGAGCUACUGGACUGACUUCAACGACCGUCUAUACACAUGUGCGGAUGUCGUGAGAAUUGAGCAAAGUAUCGCUGAUGGUAACCCAACCUGGAGAUACCGCUACUUCGGCGACUUCCCCAACUUGGCCCUUACUACUACCCCACCAAGCGGCGCCUAUCACACUGCCGAUCUCCCUCCAUUGUUUAACACCGUUAAUCAGACCAUGCUCGCUAGUACUUCAGCUGAAGUCACUAUUGGAAACUUCCUCCGCGAUGUCUGGUCCAGCUUUGCCAAGAACCCCCAGCACGGUCUUGAUGCAUUUUGGCCUCAGUACAACGGGACCGAGAAGACCUUGGCUCGCACUGGUUUCAACAACGAGACAAUCAGCUUGGCGCCCGGUAACAUGUAUGAUCAUAUUUGUCGAUGGACUUAUGAUGGUGUCAGUGAUCCAGCCCCCCUGUAA